AUGAAGAACAUUCCAUAUGCAUCUGCAAUUGGCAGUCUAUUGUAUGCACAAGUUUGCACUAGAUCUGACAUUGCAAUGGUAGUUGGAAUGUUGGGUCGAUAUCAAAGCAACCCAAGAAUGGAACAUUGGAAAGAUGCAAAGAAAGUCAUGCGGCAUUUGCAAGGAACAAAGGACUAUGGUUUGACAUUCAGACACAUUGACCAUUUGGAGGUGGUUGGGUAUUCAAAUUCAGAUUUUGCUGGAUGUGUAGAUAGUAGAAAAUCUACUUCAGGGUAUAUCUUUCUCUUGGCUGGAGGGGCUAUAUCCUAG